CCUGGCUUCUUCACAAUGCAACAAGGCAGGCCUUUGUGGCUAAGAGCUUCUACUACUAAGCAUCGCUGCUACCAUGACUUUGCCUCUGCUGUGAUCAAUUGGAUUGGAAAUGGACCGUACAGAUUCAGUGCUACAGUGCAGAUAGGCAUAGCCUUUUGAAACCAGCCGUCCACCCCACAGUGAGCACCGGCAAUGCCACCAGCCGUGUCUGACGGAGGCGAAGGCCUUGAUGCCGACAUUACCAGCCGGACGUCGUCGCACCGUCGCAUGGACAGCGCUCAGCAUGGCUACAAAGUCGGCGUCCCGCCGAACAAGAACCUCCUCGCCGAGUUUUCGGACGCGGUGAAGGAGACGUUCUUCGCCGACGAUCCGCUGCGGCAGUACAAAGACCAGUCCAAGUCCAAGAAGAUCUGUCUCGGCCUGCAGCACUUCUUCCCGGUGCUCGACUGGGGCAGGCACUACACCCUCGGCAAGUUCAAGGGCGACCUCAUCGCCGGGCUCACCAUUGCCAGCCUCUGCAUACCCCAGGACAUCGGUUAUGCGAAGCUUGCUAACCUGCCACCACAUUUCGGACUAUACAGUAGCUUCGUGCCGCCUCUGAUAUACGCAGCGAUGGGCAGCUCCAGGGAUAUAGCCAUCGGUCCCGUGGCCGUGGUGUCGCUGUUGCUCGGUACUCUCCUCCAGAAUGAGAUUGAUCCAAAGAAGAACCCGAUGGAGUACAACCGGCUAGCAUUCACCGCAACGUUCUUCGCAGGGGUCACUCAGGUGGCACUCGGGUUCUUCAGGCUAGGGUUUAUCAUAGAGUUCUUGUCUCAUGCUGUCAUCGUCGGAUUCAUGGCGGGUGCUGCCAUCACCAUUGCUCUUCAGCAGCUGAAAGGACUCCUUGGCAUUGCAAAUUUCACCAAGAAAACUGAUAUCGUGUCGGUCAUGAAAUCAGUUUGGGGAAAUGUUCACCAUGGGUGGAACUGGCAGACAAUAUUGAUAGGAGCAUCCUUUCUGGCAUUCCUUCUGAUUGCCAAGUACAUUGGGAAGAAGAAUAAGAAGCUCUUUUGGAUCUCCGCAAUCGCACCGCUCAUUUCAGUGAUCAUAUCCACCUUUUUUGUGUAUAUUACUCGAGCAGACAAGCAUGGCGUCGCAAUUGUCAAAGACAUAAAGAAAGGCAUCAAUCCACCUUCAGCUAGUCUCCUAUACUUCAAUGGCCCGUACUUGAUGACAGGGUUCAGAAUUGGAGUAGCAGCUGGAAUGAUAGGCCUAACGGAAGCGAUUGCAAUUGGACGAACAUUUGCUGCCCUCAAGGACUACCAGAUAGAUGGGAACAAGGAAAUGGUGGCUCUGGGAACCAUGAACAUUGUCGGUUCGUUGACUUCUUGCUACGUAGCCACAGGCUCUUUCUCACGGUCAGCAGUCAAUUACAUGGCUGGCUGCAAAACAGCAGUAUCCAAUGUUGUUAUGUCGAUUGUUGUAAUGCUUACACUGUUGUUGAUCACCCCAUUGUUCAAGUACACUCCAAAUGCCAUCCUUUCCUCUAUCAUCAUUUCGGCAGUGAUUGGCCUAAUUGACUAUGAGUCAGCCAGCCUUAUCUGGAAAGUUGAUAAGUUGGAUUUUUUAGCGUGUUUGGGAGCAUUCUUCGGAGUCAUAUUUGCAUCAGUGGAGUAUGGCCUGCUCAUUGCGGUUGCAAUAUCACUUGCCAAAAUUCUUCUCCAAGUAACACGUCCGAGAACAGCUUUACUCGGUAACCUUCCAAGAACAACUAUAUACAGAAAUAUUGAGCAAUAUCCACAAGCCACCAAGGUUCCAGGGGUGCUACUUGUUAGAGUGGACUCAGCUAUCUACUUCACGAACUCCAACUAUGUGAAAGAGAGAAUCCUGAGAUGGCUCAGAGAUGAGGAGGAACAACAACAGGACCAGAAGUUACCCAAAAUUGAGUUUCUGAUUAUUGAACUAUCUCCUGUAAUUGACAUCGACACAAGCGGAAUCCACGCCUUGGAGGAGUUGUUCAAAGUACUUGAAAAGCGCGGAAUUCAGCUGGUUCUUGCCAAUCCCGGGCGUGAAGUGAUCCAAAAGCUCCGCUCAGCGAAAUUCACAGAUCUCAUUGGUGAAGACAAGAUAUUCCUGACAGUCGGCGAUGCAGUAAAGAAAUUCACUCCAAAGGCGGUGGUGGAUAAUGUUUGAAACAGAUACAUAAAUUCAUGUGUAGAAGGCGCAAAGAGAAGUUGUAACUUUCUUUAGCUAACUGCAUGCUUGCGAGUUUGAUUUUAUAUAGCAGAAGCACAACAAAACAGAAGUAAAUAGCAUGGUCUGCGUAAUUGUGAAUAAAGAAGAUAUGCUGCAGUAGUGGCGCAUCAGGUUUGCAAAA